GGUUUUUAAAAACGCUGUUGGAAAAGUCUCGGGACUGGAAGUGAUUCCAGAAUAUCAUUUUUUUGAAAUUAUAGUAAAGACAUUUGCAGGGAGCUCUCGAGUUGCCAUUUUCACGUAUUGUUUAGAGCAUUGGAUAGCGGAGACAUGUCGACCACAGCAGAGUCGUCAAGUCAACCAUUAACUACCGAAUUCGAGUCCCUUCUACAGUCGCAACGAGCACGAACUGACGCAUUACACCAUCCGGCACCACCCAUCAGGAAUGAGUCGCUGGGAGUCAUUAGUGAGGAAGGGGAUGUGGAAAGUGAAAGAGUAGCGGGAUUACGAGAUAAAGGUCCAGAGAACCAUGGACUAUCAACGAAUCAGGCAUCGGCGAGCAAAGUGGGCAAGGACGCAGCUGCCAGACCUAGUGGAGACGAUCCCAUUCUUGAGCAAGAAUUCCAAGGGUUAAUGCACAAAUUGACCCACCCACCGCAACAACCUUCUCACCUUAGUAGCACAACCGACUCGAAACACAAUAUCAAUUCUCAGCAAGUCAACCACACGGAUGUGCCUUCUUCGAAUGAUGGUGAACUUGGUGGAGAGUUUGAGGGGCUAAUGUAUCGGCUUACGCACCCGAUGCAGCAUGAAGCUCCUCGGAACGAGACAAGUGGCGAAAGCACUGACCACCCGACGGAAAGCAGAGUGAGCAUCACAACGCAGGCCAAGCACAACCCAACUGCGGCCGAGGGGAGAUUGGAACAAGAGUUUGAACAUCUCAAGCAUCAAGCGUCACGUCCGUCACAAGCUGUUCAUAAUCAGCCUGCGUCAGAAUCUAGCGAGCAACCACGAGAGAAGACCGCGGUGCAACAUCCACAUGCUCCUACAGCAAGAGACAAGCGACUUGAGAAGCAGCUCGAUGAGCUACUUCAUCCGCCGCGAGAUCACGAGGCGGGACCGAGAGCUACAUCCCCACAAGAUACGCGGUCGUUAGCACAAUCUUCAGACCAUGAUCGGACAGUACAUACACCUAGCAAGAGGGAUCAGAAGCUGGAACAGAAAUUUGAAGAACUUGUCAGGAGUCAUUCGAUCGUAGACAGCUCUAAUGCGGAGACGGGCCCAAAAAAAGAACAACCGAAAGACACAAGUCACCACAAAGACUCGCAAAGCCGACCGACGGGCCCACGAGACUUGAAGCUUGAACAAGAGUUUGAAAAUGUAGUACAAAACCUUUCGCAUCCUUCUUUACCGGCGGACAAAUCCGCUGCUGACCACGUCCCGAGCAACGAGGAAAAGAAGCCGGUUGAACGAUCGGGACAAGAGCACAUUCACCACAAUCCCAAACUUGAGCAGGAGUUUGAGCAAUUGAAACACAACGUCGCUCAUCCUCUACCAGUUCAGACACAAUCUGAUGAGAGGACCGUUCACUCUUCUCAAAUACACGAUACCACUGGUCACAACCAGUCUGCCGAAGGUGUAAAGCGAACCCAUCACGAUCCCAAACUUGAACACGAGUUUGAGCAGCUCAAGAACAAGGUGGCCAAACCCCAGCCUGUACAAAGUCAGCAUCAACCGGAACACUAUCAGACAGACAACAAGGAGCGCGCCAUUCCCGAUCACCUUCCGAGUUCACGGAACCCUAACCUUGAGAGUGAGUUUGCAGAACGAGUACUUAGUGCCGCUCAAGCAUCUCAUGAGGUUGGAGGUGCCAAGGUUACUGGAAAGAAGGAAGAACUGCGGACCUCGCCCGGUGAUACUGCACAUCAAUCGACCUCCGAGUCAAAUACACUGGGAAAGGAGUUUGAUGGUUUAGUUAAUGAAAGUCAACAAGCCGCUGUGGCAGUGGACAGAGAUGCACAACACCGAGAAGAGCAUGUUCCGGCUCCUCCUUCUGGAGGUCUAGUCCCUUUGGACAAACCGGACACAGCGGGUCGCUCGCAGACAAAGCAGAAAGCAGGGGCCCAUACUUUGCCCAAGAAGCUCUCUACAAGGUUCACAAACCUUUUGGACCGGGUUAAAACAUCGAACCCGCACUCACCCAACGAGCAUCCAGAGCAUGACACAUCGACCAUGACUCGUAGCCCCAAUGUGACAGCUGGCUCCUCAUCCAAUGAUCGGUAUGGUCAACCGGCUUCCAAUUCCAAUGCAGUAGGGCAAGAGCUAGCCAAACCUUUGGAGCAUACAGUUGACAAAUUGGAGGGCAAGUCUCAACGUGAGCAAACUGCGAUGGAAAGCACAGAUGCAGGAAGCUCAAGUGGACUUCCCACUCAUGUGGCGAGCGACGGCCGACUCGUGUACGCAGACGCAGAUCGUCCGGCGGACACUCACCCAGCGGAAAGGAAAGCCCGAUCCAAGCGAUCGUUCAUGGAUCUGCUUCGUGGUGUAUUCAAGUCGGGCAAGAAGAGGAAGGGUGAGCGUGGAAGGAGGAGUGCCUCGGCACCUGCUCCAGGAGACCGCUCAGGUACUGUCAAUAACAAGGCUAUGACUCGUGGUGACCUGGGAGAGCAUGGGGAGUGGCGGACACAUCAAGACGGCGGUGAAACAUCUAAUCAACCUCAACCUUCUGAAGAUGUGAUCAAAAGUCCAGAGGUGGAAAACAAACGUUCCGCGAGCAUGGAUGCAUCCUUAUCGACCAUGAAAGACCUGGAUAGUCCCGCACCAUCAUCCGAAACAACCAGUCAAUCCGAUCCUACCCCAUCCCUCAAAGGACAUCAAGUACCAAUGGUACCCCAUCCCAAAGUUCUCCUUGCCCCAGUUGAGUACGGUCUGAACACAAGUAACCUUAUUGUCCAUCGCCGCCAGGAAAUGACAAUUGUAAAUGGGGAUGAUGAGGAAGUGAGGAUUUCUUUGGAUGAGACUAGAGUUCCACUCAUUGCACCGGGAAUUUGAAUUGCAAGGGGAAUUUUAGUGACGUAUGUAGAGCGAGUAAAACUGAAAUGGCAUUUAUAAAUGGCCCGAAAUAUAAAGUUUUCAUUUCUUUAUUCGCGAGGCGCUGUAUAUUCGUUGUAUUAUAUAUCAUGGUAAACAUGGUAAACUUUAUAAAGUGGUAAAUUGAUC